UGUCACCUGGGGACAGAACUACAGUUCCCACCACGCCUCGAGCCAGGAGGAAGAAGGGGCACGGAGGGCCAAAAGGAAAACCAGGAGAAAGAGCAAACAUUACCUACUGGCAGCGGUGAGAGAGCCAGACAGGUGGCAAGAGCCAUGCAAUUCUCCAGCUCAGCCAGGGCAGCAGAUGAGAACUUUGACUAUUUGUUCAAGAUCAUCCUCAUCGGGGAUUCCAACGUGGGGAAGACGUGUGUGGUGCAGCAUUUCAAGUCCGGGGUCUACACAGAGGCGCAGCAGAACACGAUUGGGGUGGACUUCACCGUGCGCGCCCUGGAGAUCGAUGGCAAGAAAGUGAAGAUGCAGGUGUGGGACACCGCAGGCCAGGAGCGCUUCCGGACCAUCACCCAAAGCUACUACCGCAGUGCCCACGCGGCCAUCAUUGCCUACGACCUCACCCGGCGGUCCACGUUCGAGUCUGUUCCUCACUGGAUUCGCGAGAUCGAGAAAUACGGAGCUGCGAACUUGGUCAUCAUGCUGAUUGGGAACAAAUGUGACAUGUGGGAAAAACGGCACGUUCUGUUUGAGGAUGCCUGCACACUGGCUGAGAAAUAUGGCCUCCUGGCUGUUUUGGAGACAUCUGCCAAGGAGUCCAAGAACAUUGACGAGGUCUUCACGCUGAUGGCCAGGGAGCUGAUGGCCCGCCACACUCUGCCCUUUUACUGGGAGGGCACCCCGGGCAGCCUCCCCCUGGAUUCCAGUCCCAUCUUCACAGCCCCGGGUCCAAGGGAGAAGAGCCAGUGCACGUGUUGAGUAUGUUUCCCGGGCUGGCUGCACCCAGCAGAGGCCACCUCUGAAACCAAGGGCAGCCAAUGGUCUCGUGUCUGUUGAGUAGACCUUGGAUCCCAGCGCAGACUGGCCAAUCAUCCCACUCCUUCCCACGUGGUGGCAAGGUGGGGGGGGGGGGGCGCCCUUUGCCUCAAUUCACACCAGAGGCAGGAACCCUGACUCUGAGGACAGAGGACACCAUUGUUUUUCUUGACGUUUCCUAGGAUUCAAGGCACAGGGGUAGGAGGACAAGAUUUGUUCCUUUUCAUCUUUCCUUUUUCUGUUUCCCCAACCCUUCAGCUGUUUUCUACUGAAAUUUGCUUCUCACUUGAAGAAGACAGUGAAGGAAAAAAGAAAAGAGGGAUAGGAAAAGGAAAGAAGAGAGGGGAGAUGUCUGGAACAUUGCGGAGUGGUUUAAAACACUGCGGGCAUGGGAAGAUGGGGGAAAAGCCUGCGAUGAUGAACCAGAUGCUGUUAACUUUUGCUUCCGGACAUUCACACCUCGGGUCUUAGGUUGGGGAGCAAAGCUUUUUGACCUAAAGACUAUAAAUACUGUCUUGCCAAAUGGUCAGGAGUCAUGUGAUGGAGAGAGAAUUAGAUUUCACUUUAUCCUAGUUGGGCUGAUUGGACCACCCUCCUAGGAUGUGGGAGAUGCCUACGAUUUCUUUCUAAAAUACCCAGUUAUCUCCCAGAUCAAAAGUUGUUUCUGAAUUGAAAUUAAAUUGUCUCAUAGACAAAUAUCAAACCGAUACUGACCUUGCUGUUCAGCCGGGGCGUGCCGUGUACCCUCCGGAAACUGUCAUAAACCUUGUUUUUUCAAAGCUCCCUGACAGUUGUUGUCGAGGAUGUCUUGCAAUCCUAAUAAGAACCUCAAGGCCUGGUCCAGCCACAUCAGCUCUGAGAGAGGAAAUGUCUGUGAGAGGCUCACCCAGGGCCCAGGUGAGUCCCCCCAGGCAUUUCUAGCCUUAGCACCACUAUCCAUAGGCUGAGACCAGUGCAAAACAG